UGUUGUAUUCAAGGAAUAGAAAAAAUAUCAUCAUCAUACUUUAAAGGCAUAUUUACGGCCGAGCACGUAAAUUCAUCCAGGAAUAAUCAAAGUGAUGAAUCCAUUUUGAUAAAAAGAAAUUUAUUCCAAAUUCCUGGAGUUUAUCCGAUGUUUGAAGUUAUAUCUGGGCUAACAUCACUUCAAAUUUCUGAUUCUCGGCUGAAUGCAUCGAAUCAACUCGCUAUUUAUGUAAUUAAUUAUAUUAUGCUUGCAAAACAAGGAAAUACUAAAUGGUGGCAAUUUGAAAAACCAUUGAUUCAUCAUUCUACAUGGUGUUUGGACUGGAUCAAAGGAUUGACAAAGGGAGUUGGAAGUAUUCUAGAUGUAGACAAAAGUUUUGAAAUAGGUGAUGAAUCAGAAGCAUC